GCCAACGAACGACGACUACGAGUACGAGAAGAGAGUACCAGUCGGUCGGUCGAACGUGUAACGUGUUAGAGAAGCUCUCACUCGUCUUCUCCUACAUAAGAAAGAGAGAGAGAGAGAGAGAAAGAGAAAGACCAACGAAAAACAAGUAAAUAAUUCACCCUUACACGGAUUACGUUAUUUGUAUAUAAUAUAUAUAUAUAUAUUUAUUAAUAUUAUAUAUAUAUGCACACAACCGGCUUUAUUAGUGCGUUGUUCACCACUCUUCCUAAGAAGUGAAAGUAAAGUUCUUCAACGAAGAUAGAAAUAUAUACAUAGAUUUGGAGAGAGAGAGAGAGAGAGAGAGAGAGAGAGAGAGAGAGAGAGAGGAGUAGCGUGAAGAGGGUGAAGGGACGACGAAUGCAAAACGAGCCAAUAAUCCGGGCCCGCGUGACGUUUCAACUUGAGCGCGGAAUUUGAUAUAUUUUUGUGUGACUCCUUCACUCGUUUUUCUUCUUCCGAAUAUUUGUUGUUUUUUUUUUUUUCGUCAUACUUAUUUUUUCAGUUCAUUUUUUGGUUUUAUUUAUUUUAUUAAUUAUUGGUGUGAUAUGUGCUACAAGAACAUAGUGAAUAACAGUAUUAUUAACAAGAACAAGAAGAACAACAACAACAAAAACAAGAAGAACGACUACGACGAUUAUCGACUAUAGAAAGAUAGAGAGAGAGAAAAAAGCACAAAGGGAUAUAUAACUUUUCUUCUUCGAGAGGGUGCAUCGGGUGCAUUGUUCUACUUCUUAGUUUUCUUGCCCUUUUCUCCAUUCGUUGUUCUUACACACGGAUUAUCCUCGUUUUAACGGGAUGCCGGUUGAUUGAAGAUGGCCUCGCCGACACCCUCGCUGGAAUCGCGCGCGAAUUCCCUCGGGUCCCUGGCCUCGCUGUCCCCGCUAACGGUGAGCGGCAGUUCCCCACCUGCGAGCGACUCUGCGAUCUGCGACGUCGACAGUUGCGACCUCUGCUUGGACACACCGAAACCCGGGGAGACCUGUCCCCGUUGCCGUCUUGGAGGCGCCGCCGCCGGUGUUCGUUGUACCGGCUGCAAAUCCACCGAAUCUGACGCCGUAGCGCGUUGCUUCGAUUGCGCCAAUUUCCUUUGUCCCAACUGCGUCAUGGCGCAUCAAUUUAUGCAUUGUUUCGAAGGCCACCGAGUCCACAAUCUCGGUGAUUCGAAAAUAGAUGGCGUCAACAACAGCACCGGUAAUGCCAAUAGUACCGAAUUGUCCAAGAACAAUUUACUUAUGAACGGUGGUGCCAAUACUGAAGAAAAGAACUUUAUUUGUCCAAGACACAAAGAAACGAUGAAAUAUUUUUGCCGAUCGUGUAUGGCCUUGGUUUGUAAAGAAUGCACGCUCACCGAACAUCUCAGUCCGAUGCACGAUUACGCGCACGUGUCGGAAAUCGGUCAACAACAAAUAGAAUCCAUUUCCAGAGCCGUACAAGAAUGUCGAUCAAAAGUAAUCGAGAUUAGGGCUGCCAUCAAGACUGCCGAUCAUAGUGCCGCCAAAUUGCAAGUUCAAUAUCACAAAGCGCAAAACGAGAUCAACGAUACCUUCCAGUUUUAUAAAUCCAUGCUGGAAGAACGUAAACAAGAAUUAUUGAAAGAACUCGAAUCAGUAUUCUCAUCUAAACAGAUCUCAAUAAACGUUGUAACGCAAAAGGCUAACGAAACUAUCGAAAAAAUGACACAUACGUGCGAAUUUGGCGAACGUUUGAUCAAGCUUACAACGAUAACGGACAUACUUAUGGUGAAGAACUUAUUAGAUUCUAAAUUCCAAACGUUUAUGAACUAUACGCCAGAUAUUUCCAGUCAAAUAUCCGACUUGGAAUUUGUCAGUAACUAUCAAGCUAUUCAAGUUGGCGUUAGAAAUACGUUCGGUUAUGUUCGUAGCAGUAGCGAGAGCAAUGCCGGACCGAUCGCCAAACAACCACCGAUAGCUCGUCCAACCGCUCUUUCUAGCAAUGGGAUCAAUGGAAAUAACAGCAACAACGGACCUGGCAACCCCGGAUCUUUGGGUGGUUUACUUUUGGAUCGGCCCUACAGUAACGGAUUGGGAUCAAGUUCUACGAUUACUUCGUCGACUUCCCCGUCACCGUUCGACAACACCAGCGUUAUUACCAAACGUUUCAGUUCGGCCAACAGUCUGGGACCUUUUUCAACGACCAUAAGCGAUCUCAAUUUAAACGGCAUGAACGCGAAUUCUUACGAAAAGUGGAGCAACGGAGGUACUGAUGCUUCCUAUCCCGUGGUCACGAGCAACGAUCAUUUCUCAAUGCCAACGUCGGUGAACGUAACCCCUAACGCCGCACCCGGCGAGUCCGUCCUCGACCUAACUUCCAAAUUGAUGUCUGCCACGAUAUUCCCUCUAAAGUCGCAAAUCAAACGACAGAAAAUGAUUUACCAUUGCAAAUUCGGCGAAUUCGGAGUGAUGGAGGGUCAAUUCACCGAGCCAUCGGGGGUAGCUGUUAACGCUCAAAACGACAUCAUCGUAGCCGACACGAACAAUCAUCGUAUACAGAUCUUCGACAAGGAGGGUAGAUUCAAGUUCCAAUUUGGCGAGUGUGGCAAACGGGAUGGACAAUUGCUCUAUCCUAACAGAGUCGCCGUGGUGCGUACCUCAGGGGACAUUAUCGUUACCGAAAGAUCACCGACUCAUCAAAUACAAAUCUACAAUCAGUACGGACAAUUCGUGAGAAAAUUCGGAGCUAACAUUUUGCAACAUCCACGCGGUGUAACCGUCGAUUCUAAGGGACGUAUCGUUGUGGUCGAGUGCAAAGUAAUGCGCGUCAUCAUAUUCGAUCAAGCUGGUAACGUGUUGCAGAAGUUUGGCUGCUCGAAACAUCUCGAGUUCCCGAAUGGAGUAGUGGUCAAUGACAAACAGGAGAUCUUCAUAAGCGACAAUCGCGCUCAUUGCGUCAAAGUCUUCAAUUACGAGGGAUCUUAUUUGCGUCAAAUCGGCGGCGAGGGUAUCACGAACUACCCGAUCGGGGUUGGAAUCAAUGCUGCUGGUGAAAUAUUGAUAGCCGACAAUCACAACAAUUUCAACUUGACGAUAUUCACCCAGGACGGGCAACUGGUGUCCGCGCUCGAGAGCAAAGUCAAGCAUGCGCAGUGCUUCGACGUUGCCCUAAUGGACGACGGUUCGGUCGUUUUAGCGAGCAAGGACUAUCGUCUUUACAUUUAUCGUUACGUUCAAGUACCGCCUAUCGUUAUAUAGACCAGCGAGGCGUCACGACGACGACGAUGAUCGCCGUGUCGGGACACCACAAUCACAAUUCAUCUAUUAUUAUUUACUCUAUUUCUCAUAAAUGUCCCUCUCAUCGUCGCCGUUGUGCUCGCAUUAUUACUAUUGUCCACGAAAAAACUCGAUCUUGUCGAACUUUUUCUACCUAAACUCGCUAUCGAUCUUCUAAUACUGCUACUAUUACUAAUACUUCUUCGUCCAUCGUGCGUUAUAAUCGUCAUUGCCAUUGCCAACUACUAUUACUACUAUUACUACUCCCUCUUUCGAUUGCUGAACGACAAGAGCAGCAACAGCUGCGAUUUGCAAGCUUUUACUUCUUCUUCAUCCUCAUCUUCAUCUUCACCUUCAUCUUGUCGGAGUCAAGAGACGACAAAGAGCUGCAAUCGCGAGAAAGAAGAUACGUCUUCGUGCUCUCUCCUCCUUUUCCUCUUCCUCUUCCUCUUCCUCCUCCUCAUUUGCGUGCGUCUACUUAUUGGAAGAAGACCUUUUAUUAGGCACACGCGCGCACAAACGCGGGGAACGUCACACUUACAUACGCACUUUUACACGCGCCCCCUUACUACUACUAUUUACUACUAUUCCUACUACUACUACUACUACCACUGCUACUAACUACUACUACUACUACUAUACCGAUACCAAUACUUAUAAUACUGCUAUUACUAUUGUUACACUUACAUACAUAUGAUAAACCUUUAAAAGGUAAAUGCAUAUGCACUUUUAAAUACACACAUACAUACACAAACAUACACACUCAUAUACAUUAUACGGCACACGUGGCGCGUCGUCGUGCAAACAUACACACGCGCGAAACUUACUUGUUAAUGUUGUUAUAAACUGAAAAUACUGUUGUUGUUGUUUAGUUGUAGAGCUCGCCGCCGCUAGUCACUCUCUCCCCUCUUCCCUUGUCUUCUCCUAUCAUUAUCUUUCUCUUUUUCUCUUUCUCUCUCUCUAUUCUCUAUU